AGCGAUAUAAAUACGAUUUUACGUGCUGUUAUCUACGUCACAAUGCGAUUCAGAAUCCACUCAGUGAAAAUUUGUUAUGAAUGAAUUACAAGACCGUUCACAAAAAGAGCUGUACGCUGACUAACAUCAUCAGGCUCUUAAAUGAUAUAAACAAAUAGAAGGUCUGUCACUACUCACCGGUAUACGGCCCUUGAAUCACAACAGAUCAUUUUAAUGAUGGCCUGAUGUAACUGAAAGAAAAAAGUUUUAUUUGAAAUCAAGAUGGACAAAGCAUAAAUAUUCCCCAAUGAAAGACUUUCUUUUUUAUAAUAGCACAAGCUAAUUUUCAGGUGAUAUUUCUGUUUGUAUCAUGCACAAUGCAGGUUUCUCUUUAUGAGAAAGACAUGCAUUUGACAAGUGAUUUGUGUAUAAAAGAAUCUGAUGACAAUGCAUAUGAACAAAAUCAACCAAUUUGUGCUGAUGAAAAACCAUCUAUAUGUCAUAUCUGCUGUCAGACAUUUUCUGAGAAAAGUGAUUUAAUGACGCAUAUUUUUACUCAUUCAAAUGAAAAAUCUGAUUUGUCUCAAGCAUGCCAUGAAGAACUUUCUCAAAACCAGUUAUUAAACCUUCAAUAUCGUAAUGAAACAGAUGAAAAAAGUUUUGUUUGUAAUAUCUGUGGAAAAGCAUUUUCUUUAAAAGCUGUUUUCAACAGACAUUAUCUUAUUCAUACAAAUGAGAGACCUUUUGUUUGUGAAAAAUGUGGUAAAACAUUCAAACGUAAAGGUGUUUUAAGCAGACAUUAUCUGACUCAUUCAAAUGAAAAACCUUUUGUUUGUGAAAUAUGUGGCAAGGCAUUUCAUAUGAAAUGGCUUUUAAAGAGCCAUUUUCUUGUUCAUAAAAAUGAUAAAUCUUUUGUUUGUCACAUAUGUGGCAAAGCAUUUGCUCGAGAAGGUUAUUUAGAUGUUCAUCAUCGAGCAAAUCACACAAAUGAAAAGAAUUUUGCUUGUGAUAUAUGUAGCAAGACAUUUUUUCAUAAAGCAGUUUUAAAAAGACAUUAUCUUACUCAUUCAAAUGAAAAACCUUUUGUUUGUGAUAUGUGUGGUAUGGCAUUUUCUCGUAAAAUAGUUUUACACAAACAUUAUCGAACUCAUACUAAAGAAAAACCUUUUGGUUGUGAUAUGUGUGGGCAGGCAUUUUCUAGAAAAUCUACAUUAAACAGACAUUAUCGUGGUCAUUCAAAUGAAAAACCUUUUAUUUGUGAUACUUGUGGUAAAGCCUUUCCUCGGAAGCAUAAUUUAAAUGAGCAUUGUCGUAUUCAUACAAAUGAGAAACCUUUUAUUUGUAAUACAUGUGGUAAAGCAUUUUCUAGAAAACGUAAUCUAAAUCAACAUCGUUGUAGGUGUGCAUAGGAAACAUAUUUGUUUAUAUGUGGUAGGGCAUUUUCUCAAAAAUAGAAACUAAACAUAUUUUCUUCCUCAUUGUGGUAAAAAAGCCCUUUGUUUGUGAAAAGAUAUAUUAUCAUGAAAAUAAUUUUUAAAAAUUGUCACAUUCAUACAAAUGAGAAUUACUUUGUUCAUUAUGCACAUGAUAUGGAUAUUUUCAGGAGAAUUAGUUAUUUUGAAAUUUUCAUUUACAUCAAAAGAAAUAUAAAAAUAAUUAUAUAAUGAGACAUUUUCUAUAAAAGUGAUUUUUAUUUCUUUGUAAUUUUCAAUC